UCGUCGUUCUUCUGACUUUCUGAUCUCCUCACUGUUCGACUACUACUCUCUCUCCCCCUGUUUUUCUCCACCUAAAGCCCAACAAGAACCCUAUCGACCCUCUCAGCCGCCGAACAUGGCGGCCGCACCUACUACCGCCGCCGUAGCCGCCGUCUCUCCGGCCACCAAUUCGUCCCUCUCCACUCUCAGGAACCCAAAGCCUCCUCCUUUCUUCUCCGCUCCCCCCUCAAUUCCACCCAAUCGCAGCCCCCUGCGCCUUGCCGCCCGCUUCGGAGCUCUCGCCCCGGUCCGCUCCUCCUCCUCCGCCUCCAUCCCCGUCGACCUCUCUCCCUCCUCCUCCUCCUCCUCCUCCUCCCCGUCCUCCGCCGCCAACCCCCGGUCCCUCAAGUCCCGCCUCCGCGGCGGCGAGACCCUCUACGGCAUCUUCCUCCUCUCCUUCUCCCCCACCGUGGCCGAGAUCGCCGGCCUCGCCGGCUACGACUUCGCCGUCGUGGACAUGGAGCACGGCCCCGGCGGCGUCUCCGAGGCCCUCCACUGCCUCCGCGCCCUCGCCGGCACCGGCACCCCGGCGAUCCUCCGGCUCCCGGAGAGCUCCGCGGCCUGGGCGAAGAAGGCGCUCGACCUCGGCCCGCAGGGCCUGAUGUUCCCGAUGAUCGACACCCCGGAGCUGGCCCGGGACGCGGUGGCGUACUCCCGGUUCCCGCCCGCCGGCGUCCGCGGGUCGGCCCACACGGUGGUCCGGGCCUCCAAGUACGGGAUCGACGAAGGGUAUUUGAGUAAUUGCGAGGAGGAGCUCCUCGUCAUGUGUCAGGUGGAAUCCCAACAGGGCGUCCGAAAUGUCGAACAGAUCGCGGCAGUCGAUGGGGUGGACUGCAUCCAAAUGGGGCCACUGGAUCUGAGCGCGAGCAUGGGGUACCUCUGGGACCCGGGGAACAAGAAGGUGAGGGAGAUGAUGAGGACGGCCGAGAAGGGAGUGUUGGGAAGUGGCCGGGCGUAUCUGUCAGGCUUUGCCAUGCCGUUCGAUUCGCCGGACGAUCUGAGGAAGAGAGGGUAUCACAUGGUGUCGGGCGCGGUCGACGUGGGGCUGUUCCGUAAUGCCGUCGUCGAGGACGUGAAGAGGUUCAGGAUGGGGUUGGAGGAUCAGAGCAGCGACAGUGACGGCGAGAUGGUGGAUGGGAAGGAUGCUGAUGAGAAGUACUGGAGUGAGUAGGAGCACGAAAGGUGAAUGGCAGUUCAAGCUGCAGAGGAAAAAAAUUAUUCGAGUUUCGUUUUUUUCGGUCUGUUUAAUCAAUUUUGUAAAUUUGUGGAAUAUUUAUGCUGGAGAAAUGUUGAAUCAGAUGAAAUUUUCUUACUUUCCCU